GCGGCGAUGCCGGACCCCGCGGCGCACCUGCCCUUCUUCUAUGGCAGCAUCUCGCGCGCCGAGGCCGAGGAGCACCUGAAGCUGGCGGGCAUGGCCGACGGGCUCUUCCUGCUGCGCCAGUGCCUGCGCUCUCUGGGCGGCUAUGUGCUCUCGCUCGUGCACGACGUGCGCUUCCACCACUUCCCCAUCGAGCGCCAGCUCAACGGCACCUACGCUAUUGCGGGCGGAAAAGCGCACUGCGGCCCCGCUGAGCUCUGUGAGUUCUAUUCGCGCGACCCAGACGGGCUGCCCUGCAACCUGCGCAAGCCGUGCAACCGGCCGUCGGGGCUCGAGCCGCAGCCCGGGGUCUUCGACAGCCUACGCAAUGCCAUGGUGCGCGACUACGUGCGCCAGACUUGGAAACUAGAGGGCGAGGCCCUGGAGCAGGCCAUCAUCAGCCAGGCCCCUCAGGUGGAGAAGCUCAUUGCCACGACGGCUCACGAGCGGAUGCCCUGGUACCACAGCAGCCUGACGCGCGAGGAGGCGGAGCGCAAACUCUACUCAGGCUCACAGACAGACGGCAAGUUCCUGCUGAGACCCCGGAAGGAGCAGGGCACCUAUGCGCUGUCUCUGAUCUAUGGGAAGACUGUGUACCACUACCUCAUCAGUCAGGACAAGGCGGGCAAAUACUGCAUUCCCGAGGGGACCAAGUUUGACACGCUCUGGCAGCUGGUGGAGUACCUGAAGCUGAAGGCUGACGGGCUCAUCUACUGCCUGAAGGAGCCCUGUCCCAACAACAGCGCCAGCCCAGAGGCCGCUGCUCCCACACUCCCCGCCCACCCAUCCACAUUCACCCAGCCUCAGAGACGCAUCGACACGCUCAACUCGGAUGGAUACACCCCCGAACCAGCAUGCCUAGCGUCCUCAGAGAAGCCGCGAUCGAUGCCCAUGGACACCAGCGUGUACGAGAGCCCCUACAGCGACCCCGAGGAGCUCAAAAACAAGAAGCUCUUCCUGAAGCGCGAGAACCUCAUCAUGGCUGACAUAGAACUUGGCUGCGGCAACUUUGGCUCCGUUCGCCAGGGCGUCUACCGCAUGCGCAAGAAGCAUAUCGACGUGGCCAUCAAGGUGUUGAAACAGAGCACGGAGAAGGCGGACAAGGACGAGAUGAUGCGGGAGGCGCAGAUCAUGCACCAGCUGGACAACCCCUACAUCGUGCGGCUCAUCGGCGUCUGCCAGGCCGAGGCCCUCAUGCUGGUGAUGGAGAUGGCGGGCGCCGGGCCGCUGCACAAGUUCCUGCUUGGGAAGAAGGAGGAGAUCCCCGUCAGCAACGUGGCGGAGCUGCUGCACCAGGUGUCCAUGGGGAUGAAGUACCUGGAGGAGAAGAACUUUGUGCACCGUGACCUGGCGGCCCGCAAUGUCCUUCUGGUCAACCGGCACUACGCUAAGAUCAGCGACUUUGGUCUCUCCAAGGCACUGGGUGCUGACGACAGCUACUACACCGCUCGCUCGGCGGGGAAGUGGCCGCUCAAGUGGUACGCGCCUGAGUGCAUCAACUUCCGCAAGUUCUCCAGCCGCAGUGAUGUCUGGGGCUACGGGGUCACCAUGUGGGAAGCCUUCUCCUAUGGCCAGAAGCCCUACAAGAAGAUGAAGGGCCCCGAGGUCAUGGCCUUCAUCGAGCAGGGCAAGCGGAUGGAGUGCCCACCAGAGUGUCCACCCGAAAUGUACAAACUCAUGAGCGACUGCUGGACCUACAAGUGGGAGGACCGUCCAGACUUCCUGACCGUGGAGCAGCGCAUGCGCACCUACUACUACAGCUUGGCGAGCAAGACCGCGGACGCCGCCGCAUGCGGAAAGGGGGCCGAGGCGGUGUGUGUCUGAGCUCCAGCCUGCCGGCCCCUACGCCCCAGCUUUUCCUCCUGUGUCCUCAGCUCCCUCCCAGGACCUCCAGUCUGGCUGAGCCCAGCUCAGUUUCUCGCCCCCGCACCAGCUGGGCUGUGAGAAGGGGGACAGCUCAG